AUGAUAUCUAUGAAAAGGACGGCACGUGAUGAGGUAGACUGUAAAUCUAGGACUCCUAGACAUUCAAAGAAAUCAAAGUCAACUGAUUGUCCUUCCACAAAGGCGUCAGGAAUUAAUAUCGGUUUAGACAAGUCAAAUCAAACGUGUAGCGUUAAGAAGGAAUAUUCCAAGAAUGAAAAGCUUGGUCGUAAAUCAAAAAAGAGGAUCUUACAAAAAUCUAUUUCUGAGACCAAAGAGCUAACACAUGGGACACCAAAGUUGUUGCUUACCAGUCUACCAUGCAGUGUCAGCCAAACCAUUUUGAAGGAUAUUUUUCCAUCAGUUAUUCAUUUGAAUUUGCGUAAUACAGCUGGUUCGAAGCACGCGCUUUUAGACUUUUCAAGUAAUGACGAUUACUUAGAUGCUGUGAAUCGUUUAAAAUCAAUUGAAUUUGAUGGUGUCAAACCAAAUUAUCGAGCCAUUGUUGGAUUCACAGAAAAUGUAAUCCAGUCUAAUCUGUCAAGACAAUUUGUAACUAAUAGUCCUAAUUGUUUAAUCAUACGAAACUUGCCAUACUCACUAACUGCAACUGAGAUUAAAGAACAUUUCCCCAUGGCCAAUCGUGUUCAUUUAGGUGUAAAUAAGUUUGGAAUAUUCAAUGGUUCAUGUAUAUUAGAAAUGAAGAAUAAGGAAGAUCUUCAAAUUGUUAUAAAUGAAUGUAAACAUAAGUAUAUUAAUAAUCGACUGGUUAGAGCAAAUCUACAAUGUAAAUCCAAAUCGGAAUCGUCCAAAUCUCCCGAUGCAAGUAUGAGUUAUGGUUUGAAACUUAAAGAAGUACCCAAUGUGAUUGAAGAUGAUCGAAUUAAAGCAUUAUUUCCCGAAACAUCUUUGACUGGUUUAAGCUCGGCACCACUUAAAGAUUCGAAUACUAGAAAUGUGUUCAUCUUCUUCAAAAAGAGUGCUCAGCGUAAAGCGGCUUUUAAGAUGUUCAAGAAUGAAGUUAUCAUGGGUUAUCCAAUUUCCUGUCGAUUAUGGGUUCCUACUAAUCGAAGGCAUAAAUCACAAACAAAGAAUAUAGAGGAGAAAGUGAACGAUACAGCUCUAAAUUAUAACUUACCCAAGUCAAAUAAACUCGGUCAGAAUGAAAUAAAAUGGAAUAUGGAAAAAUGUAGGAAUAUGUCUUCAUCCUUUCCCAAGAAGUUAGUAUUUGAAUCUGAUGGUGAAUAA